AUGGCCAAGGCACGAUCCAAGACCAAGACCAAGGCGCCGCCGCCGCCGCCGCCGCCGCCGCUGCCGCGCACCGAGCGCGCAGGGCCCUUCACGCCGCAAGAGGUCGUCUACGUCGAGCAAGUGGCCGACGACUUUCGGAGCGGGCUCAUCGACGACGUCCCCAAUGGCACGCAUCUACGCCAGUACCUCAGCAUGCUCCUACGGUGCCAGCCCAUGCGCCUUAGCAAGCGCUUCAUCAUGUCGUCCAACACGCUCGGUCUUUGCAUCUACAACGACAAGUGGUACGAUGGUACAACAGACAAGGCGGCCGCCAAGGCGCGCCGUGAGGCGCUCCGCGUCGAUUUCGAGCAGUCGGUGCUCACCACCGCGCCGUACGUACCUCCCAAGACGUCCAAGCACGCCAAGAAAGCGCUGGUCAAGUUGCCCGAGCGAACGCUGCCGGCGCGGAACAAGAAGCGCAAGGCCAUCGUCGUCUCGUACCCGGAGAGCGAACCCGACCUCGGCGACCACAUUGGCCGCAUGAGCAUCCACCGGCUCCUCGCGUCGACGACCAAGAAGAAGCGCCGCGUCUCGACCCAAGAAGCCAUGCACCUCAUGUCGUUUGCCCGCCGUCUGCGUGACAAGGUGGCAGCCGAGCCGCCGGUCGUUCUCUUUGACCCGCCCCCAACGACACAGCGUCGCGCGCGUGCCAAGGUCGACGCGGAGAAGCCCAAGCGCAAGCGGUCACACGCCAAGCGCCGUACUGCGCGGCCGUGGGACUCGUCCUCGGCGGAUGAGAGUGAGACGGAGACCGUCGCGCGGCCGUGGGAAGCGCCGUACCGGGACCUCAAGGCGGUCGAGUUUUCCUUUCGAAAGCGUACGCGGUCCGCCGUCUCGUACAACGACGUUCUUAGCAACGACGACGACGAUAACGAGCUCGUCGCGCCGCCGAUGCAACACGCGCUCGUCGAGACCGCAUCACAUAUCGACGACGAGCGCCUGGGCGGCGGCGAGUCGCUCCUCGUUGCCGACAACGACCAUGUAAUGGGGACACCGCUCGGCGCACCUGUCACCGACGCCGACAACGACACCAUCACCGACGACGACGCGGCCGACGACAACGCGUCGCAAGAUGAGCAGACGGGCGACGAGCCGGCGUUUGCGGCGUUCGCACCGAGCGCGUCGGACGCGUUCUUGACGCUCGAGACGGUCGACUUGGACUCGUUCGAAGCGAUGGAUUUCGAGCACAAUUUGUUUGAAAAAACGAUAAAAAUGGACGCCGCCAUGGACGCGAUCGAGAUCGACAUCCUCACCGACUUGAGCUCGGACUUUGUCGAGCUCGAGAUGCCCAGCGUCGUCACCUGGACCCUCUAG